AUUCUCACAUUAUGGAAGUAACUUCUCGAACACUUCCUUACACCAUAAGAUUCGUUGGUCUACUUGGCAGUCAUUCUCUUGGUAGAAAUCCAAAGUUUAUGGCUACUGCGGUAGAUUUAGGAAGAGAAUUGAUAAGGCGAAAGAUUAAACAUGCCUAUGGAGGAGGUAGUGUUGGCCUUCAAGGAGCUGUUGCUUCAACAGUCUUUACUAAUGGUGGUCUCGUUAGAGGUUUCAUUCCUGGGUACAUAGCAACACGACGAGUCUAUGGACCUACGUACGGUGUAGAGCACACAGUUUCCAGCAAUUACUACAAAUAUUUUGAGAUGAAUCAUGCCGUGAAAGCUUUCAUCAUUCUUCCCGGAGGAGUUGACACUAUGGAAGGUUUGUUCACCUUGAUCUCGUGGGCUUCUGAAGGGUUACACAAUAGACCCAUUAGUCUUUUAAACAUUGACGGUUAUUUCAAUAACCUUCUCAAAUUCUUAGACGAUGCAGUGAGGCAGAACUUCAUGGCUUCCAGUCAGAGGAAUCUUUUUAUUUCUUCUUUCUUUGUUGACAAGCUUUUAGAAAAACUAGAGUUUGCUAAAGCUUUCCCGGGUCCUGGGGCUAGUUAUGACGAGUUUGCAAAUCCUGGGAGAUUAGAUUUAGAAUUGCAUUUGUAACAUUCCUCAUACGAUCUAAGUUUUUUUUGUUGAAAUGAUAUUAUCCAUAAAUAUUAUUCUAGGCUGAUGAUUACAUGACACCUAUGUAUUCAAUAUAAUUGUUCUUGAUGAUGAUUACAUGAAACCUAUGUAAUCAAUAUAUUUGUUCUUGAUGAUGAUUACAUGACACCUAUGUAAUCAAUGUACUUGAUGAUGAUAACAUGAUUUCACAUUUAAUCAAUUUGAUUGUUCUUGAUGAUGAUUACAUGACACCUAUGUAAUCAAUGUACUUGAUGAUGAUAACAUGAUGCAUGAACCUAUAACCCGCAAGGAACGACCUUGCCCU